CCCAUUGCACGCGCACUGAGCGUGUCGUUCUUAGGUAAAUCUGUCUGUAGUGCCCCGGCGCUCGCGCGCGUGUGUGCACGUGCAUGUGCGUGUGCGUGCGCACGCCAGCUGUUUGCCCGAGACCAGUUGUGUGUGUAGAUAUUUGUCAUAUUAGUCCGUGAUAGCGGGCUGCACCGGUACAGAUGGCCAAGCGGAGCACCCUCUUUAUCCGGAUCGUGGAGGGCAAAAAUUUGCCCAUCAAAGACAUAACCGGAAGCAGCGACCCGUACUGCAUCGUGAGGAUUGACAAUGAGGCUAUUAUAAGGACUGCAACAAUAUGGAAGACGCUGUCGCCUUUCUGGGGAGAGGAAUACAAUGUCCACGUUCCACCCUCCUUUCACACCGUGUCUCUGUACGUGAUGGAUGAGGACAAUCUCAGCCGUGACGAUGUCAUCGGGAAAGUUUCCAUCAGCAAAGACACGCUUAGCGUCAAACCACAAGGUCUGGAUAGCUGGAUGAACCUGACUGAAGUCGAUCCCGAUGAAGAGGUUCAGGGAGAGAUUCACCUGCAGAUCUCACUGCUGGGGGACGGCGACGUGCCACGCAAACUGCGCUGUCAAGUUCUGGAGGCCAGGGAUCUUGCUAAAAAAGACCGCAACGGAGCGUCCGAUCCAUUUGUCCGAGUCAGAUAUAAUGGCAAAACCCACGAAAGUGCAGUGGUGAAGAAGUCUUGCUAUCCACGCUGGAACGAGAGUUUCGAGUUUGAGCUGGACGACACUCUGACCGACAGCCCUCUCAGCGUGGAGGUGUGGGACUGGGACCUGGUGAGCAGAAACGACUUUCUCGGAAAGGUCCUUUUCAACAUUAACAGGCUGCAGUCGGCACAGCAAGAAGAGGGCUGGUUUCGCCUGGGGCCUGACAAACCUAAACACAGCCAGUACGAAGGUACUCUGGGCUCCUUGCGGCUGCAGCUUCGGCUCAGACAUGAGACGGUCCUGCCGUCUAGCCAUUACCAGCCACUCACAGAAUUACUGGGCCGGUCCGUCGAGACUCACCUCAACGGCAACUGGCCCGACCUGAUCCUGCUAAUCGAUGAGACGACGACGUCCGAAAACAGACAGGAAGUAGCCACGAACCUGGUGAAGCUCUUUCUGGGUCAGGGACUUAUCAAGGAGCUCCUGGAUGUACUUUUCAAACUAGAGCUGGAAAAGAACACCGAACCCAACACCCUAUUCAGGAGCAACUCUUUAGCUUCCAAGUCCAUGGAAUCCUUUCUAAAGGUGGCCGGAAUGCAGUAUCUCCACAGGCUUCUGGGUCCCAUCAUCAAUCGCAUUUUUGAGGAGAAGAAGUACGUGGAGCUGGAUCCUAACAAGGUGGAACUGAAAGAAGCUGGGUGCACGGGACUGCAUCGGCUGCAGACGGAAGCCGACGUGAUCCAGCAGAGCUCCAGCCUGCUCCAGUCGUACCUGUCCGAGCUCAUGACGGCCAUCUCGCAGUCUUCCUCCUACUGCCCGCUGCUCCUCUGCCAGGCCUUCCAGCAACUCUACCAGCGAGUCCAAGCACGUUUCCCAGACCCAGAAUACAGGAAAGUGAAGUUCAUCGCUGUGACAAGCUUCCUGUGCCUGCGCUUCAUUUCUCCUGCCAUCAUGUCCCCUAAGCUCUUCCACCUGAGGGAGAAGCACGCCGAUGCCCGCACCAGCCGCACUCUGCUCCUCCUGGCGAAAGCUGUUCAGACCAUCGGCAACCUGGACACGCUGGUGUGUUGCUCUAAGGAGCCCUGGAUGGUGCCACUGCAGCCUGCCAUCCAGCAAGGCAUCGCCCAGCUUAAAGACUUCAUCACGCGCCUGGUCAGCUGCCACGACUCGGAAGACCUCGGUUUGCGAACUCGCAUGACCCUCCAGUGCGGCUCCAUGGAAAAAGAAGGCUUCCUCUUCCUGCACAAAACCAAAGACAAGAGCAUUCUCAUGACCUCUCCCUUUAAGAAGUAUUACGUCAUGCUCAGCAAAGACACGCUGUCUUACUCACGGACUCAGCAUUCCAAGAAGAGCUCGUUCAUCUCCCUGCCCAAGAUCCGUGCGGUGGAGAAGGUCGAGGAGAAGUGCUUCGGCAGUGCCAACGUCAUGCAGAUCAUUUCGAGCGAGGACUCCGGGCAGCAGGAGACACUUUACCUGGAUUGCAAGAGUGUAAAUGAACUGAAUCAGUGGCUCUCGGCUUUACGGAAAGCAUGCAGUCACAACACCAACACUAUGAGCUGUUAUCAUCCAGGCAUCUACAAGGCUGACAGAUGGAGCUGCUGCCACCAAAAGGAGAAAACAGACCCAGGCUGCGAUAAGACCAGGCACGGCGUCACCCUGCAGGAAUGGUCCGACCCGCUCGAUCCAGACCUGGAAGCUCAGCUGAUUUACCGCCACCUUAGCAGCGUCCAACACGCCAUGAGGAAUAAAUAUUAUGAACUGAUAAAGCAAGAAGAAGCUGAUGACGAAGACGAUGAUGACCAAGAUCAGAAGAAGGUUGACGGUAUAACCAGCCUUUUGAAGAUUCUCCAAGAUCUUCAGGAAGCUCACGCCGUGGUAGAAGAGGAGGAACGUUUGAAAAACAAGAAUGUUUUCCUCGAAUUACAAACAUAAAGACAGAAGCUACCAAAUAAACGUAUUAAAUACUGGGUGA